CCUUCGGUCGCGUCAUGUUCCAUGUAAGUGUAAGUGUUUCAAGUCCACGAAAUCUAUAUUUGAUGUAUCAUUCAUCCCAGUUGUUGACUUUGACUGUUCCUUGGCAUAACAUUGACGAAUACAAAGUCAUGCAAAAAAUCCAAAAAGGAGAGGAUAUCCCGCGUCCUGAGAUAUCUGAGGUGACGUCUGACGUCACAGACGCUCACUGGAAUCAUAUCGAGCAGUGUUGGUCAAUUGACCCAUCUGCUCGUCCAUGUGCCUUCACGGCUAUGAACUUCAUAAAGGGGGAACUAGAGGCUUUGAAACAAGAUGAUGUCCUUGUCGGUGAAGUACAGGAAAGCGAUCAAAGUGCAUACUUGCUCGCGGAGCAGGUAUGAACUCGCCAGCUUGUGGUUGAAGUAAUUCGGCUUAAAUGUUUAUUAACCAGGCUGGGAUUUCGACCGCACCGUCAUUUCAGUCUCCCUCGCGAACACUUGUUCUGUCACCCAAAACCGUUCCCUCUAGUCCUCUGGUACACCAUCUCUUUUCUACGGUCUCGUCGCUGUCACAUGCCGGUCCUUUGAAUGUGUUGCUUUUCGGGGAGACUGGAGUUGGGAAAAGCGCCAUCAUCAACUUGAUCAUGGGACGAGAGGUUGCACAGACGUCGCCAGACGCAGAAACCUGCACACUGCAGCAUACCUCCCACGAAGUCAGUCUUGGAGAUCGCCGCUUCAAACUUUGGGAAGUUUCCUCACUUGGAUCAAUGGGUUUUUUUCGGACCCUUUUUGCAAAAUGGCGCUUGAAAAGGUCGUACAAGAAGCUGUACAGAGAUGACGGAGUCUACCUUCUUUUGGCACUGAUCAGGGAUUAUAAUUUUUUCACCGACAUAGUCUGCUCCACCACCACUGUGGCAGGCAGCGUACCAGUCGCCGCUGUGGUCACCUCCUUGGAAGAUUAUCCUACGGGCAUGGAUAAGUGGUGGACGAGGAACAAGGACAACCUAGAAAGCCUCGGGAUGCGGUUUUCCGCACACGUUUGUAUCACUUCGCUCCCCGACGACCCACAUGCAUCAUCCGCUAUGCGUGCACGCCGACAGCGAUCAGAACAAGCCAUCCGCAGUCUCAUUUAUAACUCCUAUCAAGCAGGUACCGAAAUACCUCGGAAUUCCAACCUAGCUUCGACUGUAUGAAAAGUUGUCCAGUUUACCUAUGCAACAUGGUUCUCGAAUGUUGGUCUGUAGGGCCGGGCUACUACGCGUGCUACUUUAUAAUACUCCUGGCUCAUAAACCGCUGUUUGUACAAUACAGUUACUUCAGUCUCCCCUUGUUUGUCAUUACACAUUAUAAUUUACAAGGACUCCCCUUCGGUCGGCUCCAUGACAAUACAUUAUGUUUACAGUAGCAAGACUCUCC